GUCUACUGCAAGAGUUACUGAACAACACGUGUCCACACAUUGAGCACUCAUUUCAUUCAUUUGAUUGUCCUCUCAAUCAUCGCUUUCAUCGCAAUUGUGGCCAAUAUUUAGUAUUAAGACCUCUUAUAAUCACCAUUUGAUUGGUUUGACACGAAAUGGCGGAACAAAUGCAGCACAAGAUUAAACAAAUGCUUCGGGGAAUAGACCGAGUUUUGCUAACGAUUUGUGUCUCUGUGUUGAGCUAUAAUCCGGACAAUUUGGAUGAGUUGGAGAGGUAUGUGACGCGACAGUCGCAGGACAACUACUAUGACUUGGAGGCCAAUCUGGCUGUCCUUAAGUUAUACCAAUUCAAUCCAAGCCAGACGAAGAAGCAAACGGUGAUUAAGAUUCUGCUGAAGGCCUUGACAGCGCUUCCCAACACAGACUUCGUGCUCUGCAAGUGUCUCAUCGACUCCACACUUCUCGAGGAGGAGAACAUCGCUCUCAUCACGAAGGACAUUAAGAAGAUAUUGAAAUCAGAGAAGCGGUCGGAGUGGUGA